GUUCCGAAGAUGACGUCGGAGCGUUCUCGAAUCCCGUGUCUCUCGGCUGCUGCUGCCGAAGGAACAGGGAAAAAGCAACAAGAAGGAACAGCAAUGGCGACACUGCACCGCAAAGUGCCCAGUCCGGAGGCGUUUCUGGGCAAACCCUGGUCCUCCUGGAUCGACGCCGCCAAAUUACACUGCUCCGACAAUGUAGAUUUAGAAGAGGCUGGAAAAGAGGGUGGCAAAAGCAGGGAGGUUAUGAGGCUUAAUAAAGAAGAUAUGCACCUAUUUGGCCAUUAUCCAGCACAUGAUGACUUCUAUCUGGUUGUGUGCAGUGCCUGCAAUCAGGUCGUCAAGCCACAGGUCUUCCAGUCGCACUGCGAGAGAAGACACAGUUCAAUGUGCAGGCCUUGUCCCUCUCCAGCAUCUCCAGCCUCCAAUGCCCGGACAUCACUAGCACAGGCAAAGACGAAAACCUGUGUCAGCGGCCAUAACGCUGUCAGCAGCACCUCAAAGCCAUUUAAAACGCCCAAAGACAAUCUACUUACCUCCAGCAGCACACAGCACACAGUCUUCUCUGCAAAGGGACCAAGGGAUAAACCAUGCGUUCCAGUUCCUGUAGUCAGUUUAAAGAAAAUUCCUAACCUAGUGAAGGCCGAUGGUGCCAAUGUCAAAAUGAAUUCUACAACCACUCCUGCAGCCACUUCCUCCUCCUCCUCUGCCAUCUCAACCCCACCUUUAAUUAAGCCCACCUUGAUGUCCAAGUCAGUGCCACCUUCACCAGAGAAGAUCUUAAAUGGCAAGGGGAUUCUGUCAGCCACCAUAGACAAGAAGCACCAAAACGGCACCAAAAACAGCAACAAGCCUUACCGGAGACUUUCAGAGAGAGAAUUUGACCCAAAUAAACACUGUGGAGUAUUGGAUCCCGAGACAAAGAAACCUUGCACAAGAUCCCUCACCUGCAAGACACACUCGCUGAGCCACCGGAGAGCAGUCCCAGGCCGGAAAAAGCAAUUUGACCUCCUUCUGGCGGAACACAAAGCCAAGUCGCGGGAGAAAGAAGUGAAAGAGCACCUUCUGACUUCCGCUAGGGAGAUACUUCCAAACCCGCCAGGACCCGCGCCCGAUGCUCUGCAAGGAUCUUCCGGGAGCACGGCGGCAGAGCCAAAAGUAGCAUCCCCACCAAAAUGCAGGCCACUCAACUCUGUACUUCCCAGGCCGUCAUCUGCAAAUAGCAUAGGCAGCAGUGCGUCUUCAAAUCACAGUGUCUACACUCCGGAGCCCCCACUGCCCCCAGCUGGAGGUGACCUUGCCAGCCGACUGUCCAGUGAUGAAGGGGAGAUGGACGGAGCGGACGAAUGCGAAAAGUUAGACUGUCAGUUCUCCACGCACCAUCCCAGACCUCUUGCGUUCUGCUCAUUUGGGAGUCGCCUCAUGGGACGAGGAUACUAUGUGUUUGAUAGAAGAUGGGAUCGUUUUCGGUUCGCACUAAACUCCAUGGUAGAAAAACACUUGAAUUCGCAGAUGUGGAAGCACAGAAGCCCGAGCCACAGGGCGUCAGGUCCCUCCCCUCUGUUCAGGACUUGCCUUACCAAUCUGCUGUCACUGAGCAACAUUGGGGCUGCCUGGGUGUCAACUCUGGAGAGCGUAGCACCCCGCUGCCCUCUCAGCCUCGCUGCCCAAACUCCAGGCCCCGAAGGGCCCGAACCUGGAGGGAUGGCAGCCGAUGGGGGCGUGGAAGACAUUAGGAAGAAAAGGAACGGCCAAGACUCUUUUUUCUUUAACAAGCAUUUAACUCUGCAUCAGGAGACGCCAACACAGUAUUCUCUUUCAGCCAGGAAGAUCCCUCCUGCGGCAGAUAGCCCCAUGCCCUCGCCAGCAGCCCACAUCACCACCCCUGUUCCAGCAUCCGUUUUGCAGCCUUUCAGCAACCCCAGUGCUGUGUAUCUUCCUUCAGCUCCCAUCAGCUCGAGACUCACCUCUUCUUACAUAAUGACAUCAGCCAUGCUCUCAGACGCAGCUUUUGUGGCAUCGCCGGACCCACGCGUCCUCAUGUCCCACACCACAGCUUUCCCCCAUGUGGCUGCAACCCUCAGCAUCAUGGACUCAACCUUCAAGGCCCCAUCCGCCGUGUCCCCGAUACCAGCUGUCAUUCCUUCCCCAUCCCACAAGCCAUCCAAAACCAAAACCAGCAAAUCCUCAAAAGUGAAAGACCUGUCAGCUCGUAGCGACGAAUCUCCAAGUAACAAAAAGAGGAAGCCGCAGUCCUCCACUUCCUCCUCCUUACCCUUGCAGGCUUCCCUCUCGUCUCCAUUGUCAGGGCCCCACAAAAAGAACUGCGUUUUGAAUGCCAGUUCCGCUUUGAACUCCUAUCAGGCAGCCCCUCCCUAUAACAGCCUGUCUGUGCACAACUCAAAUAACGGGGUAAGCCCACUCAGUGCCAAGCUGGAGCCCUCAGGACGGACCUCACUGCCCAGCGGCCCCAUGGACAUAGUGAGACAGGUGGGCGCCGUGGGUGGCAGCAGUGCCUCCUGUCCCCUCUCCGUGCCCUCCCUUGCGCUCCACGCAGGGGACCUCUCUCUGGCCUCACACAGUGCUGUGUCUUCUCUGCCCCUCUCUUUUGACAAAUCAGAAGGAAAAAAGCGUAAGAACUCAAGUCCUAGUAGCAAAGCCUGUAAGAUCACUAAAAUGCCUGGUAUGAAUAGCGUUCACAAAAAGAACCCACCCAGCCUUCUUGCACCGGUGCCUGAUCCCGUUAACAGCACCUCCUCUCGGCAGGUUGGGAAAAAUAGCAGCCUAGCUUUGUCACAACCCAGUCCUGCAAGCAUAUCCAACCCAGGACACAGCCGACAGAAGAACACAAGCAGAAUGGGCAGGAUAAGGACUCUACCCUAACAAGAUGGUAAAGCCACUUUACACCAGUCCAAUCUAUCUGUCAUCCUCCCCAGGAGACUAAGUCUGGAGAAGGGAGGGCACUGGCCUGUGGAGGGGAGUGAUUCCUGUUUGCUGCCUGUGGCUCUGGCCUUUCUUCUUCUUUUUUUUUUUAACAUGGAUUUUUGUUUAAAAAAAAAAAAAGGCAAAAGAACCUGAAUUUAAGAUUUACAGAAAACAGUGUUUUCUCUCUGUUUUUCAUUUGUUGUGUCUUAUACAUUCUUCCACGUCUGGGGUCGCUCCCCUUGCUCCUGAUGCUGCUAGUACACCGUCAUUUUGCUCCAACCCUGGGAAUAGAGAUUACAAACUGUUGGUUCCCCUUCCGGGUUCAGGUUUCGGGUUUUGGUUCCGGGUUCCGGUUCUGGGUUGGCGCCCGUGGAAGCUCGUGAACUUUUAGCACGUGCAGAGCUCAUUCUCUCCCGAGUCUUUUCCCGCCCUGCCCUUCCAUUGUCACCUGACAGUCGUCAUGUUCCAGUGGCCAUCAGAAGCUGCUGGCUCCCACCAGCAGCGCUGGACCACAUGCUGGUGGGGGGACUUGCUGGGGAGGAGCCUGUGCUUCGAGUUGCUUCAUGGCGAUGGGGGAAGACCUCCAAUUAGUUUCUGUAGCUCUUCUUGUCCAGAGCCAAAUUCCAACAGCUAAAGUGAGGUCAGUGGCACUUUAAUGAUGUGGUUCACUCAGUGCCAAGGCCUAGCUGUGCAGUUCAGAAAGGAUACACCUGGUCAGGUACAGGGGCAGAGGGACCUUACCUGAGAGGAAAGGAAGGAAGCCCAUGAUUGGGAAGGAACCCCAUGAUUGGGAUGGUCGGAGGGUGUUUGGAAUAAAUAAACUCUGAAGUCUUUUCCAGGGCGCACUGCACACUAUCCUUAAGAUGGGUCAGCUGAAAGCCCACAGGGACCAGGAAAGCCACUCCAUGAGGUGGCACAGUGACCAUAGCUCCUGUGAUGGUCCUGGGGCCAGAAAGAAUCCUCCAGAAGAAAGUCUGCAGGGAGGGUUUUGUGCCAAACUCCUUGUGGGAAAGAAGUACAUCGGUCACACACCCACACCUUAGAUAUGCUUGCAGUCCAUCUUCAGAGGCCCCAACUCAGACAGCCCAGUGCCCUGGUAAGGACAAGCAUAGAGAGGAAGAGACACAGGCAAGGAGGCACUGGAGCACCACAGCUGUUCCUGUUGGAGUUUGAAAGAAACCGCAGCACCAACAAGCUCCAGUGCAGGGUCAGGAAGAGAAUUCACACAUGAAGCAGGUGUUCUGGGCUUUGACCUGAAAUCAGACGUGAAUGCUAGUUUUGCAGCUGGGCACACCCCCUCCCUCUUUCCCUCUCUUUCUCCUUCCCUCCCUCCCUUCUUCCCUCCCCCAAAUUUUCCUUCCCAUUCCUUUUCUCCCAACCCAAAGAUCAGACUACUGUUGAGUUUCAUCCUAGGACUGGAAGCUGCAAAGACGGGAGGCAAAAGGAGUGAUUUCCGUCGAUGCAAUUGCACUGACAGUGUUUCUUAAGGGACUCCUGAGUUUUUAAAUAGAAAAUGAAGGUUUUGUUUUUGAAGUCAGGAGUUGAUAUUAAGCAAGUACUAGGACAUUGGUUAUGAUUAUUUUGUUUUUCUUUCUCCACUGUUAAAAGUGCACUUAUAUGCUGGUUAAUUUACAUCUGGGGUGGGGUGGGGAGGGAGACUGCAAAUUCAAGGGACAAUUGUUACUUUUUUGUUUUUUGGGUUUUGUUUUUUUUUAAUG